AUAAAACAAUUAACGAGAAGUAAAACUGCAACUACUUCCUGUUAAAAAGACGAUAUUUAAGGAUGAGAAAGUAAAAAUUACUGUUAUCAUGUAAAGUAAUUUGACAAGUGCAAUAUUUAUGUACAAAUAUGGCAGAUGAACAUUCUAAGAUUGUACAUUCGAUAUGUGUAUUCAGACAACUGUAUUUUAAAUACACUUUAUAGACUAUGUGAUAAUUGCUUAAUUUACUUUCUAGAUUAUGUAAUUAUUGUUCGAUGAUAUAACAAGCCAACGAUGAUCUUACUAAGGACAUGAUAUCACCCGUUCUAAUAAUCUGGGCUUUUCUGUCAGUUCUGGUUUCUGGUUUAACUACGUAUGCAUUCGUUCAACCUGUGUGGCUUGUUGGUUCCAAUCUGUUGGAUACGUUUGGAAUGAUAAGUUUGUGUUUAGCAGGAACAGUAUUUCCCGGAGGAAGCUUAAAACAGGAAUGUGAGUUUUAUGGAGGAUAUUUCAAUUUGGGAAACUUGCCGUCUGGAGCAUGGCAGGCGGCCUGUGUUUUAUAUGGAACAGGAUGUGUUCUACUUUCAUGCGGAGCAUUCUUAGCUGUCUGUACAUCGUGUAUACCAUGUGAUGUUGUUAGGACUGUUACAGUGAUGGCAGGAUAUGUACAGUUUGUAGCAGUUCUGGUAAUGAUAGCCGGAUUAUUUAUAUAUCCACUAGGAUUUGGAUCAUCGUUUAUAAGACAAUACUGUGGAUCUAAGUCCGUCAUCUAUCAGGCCUACGAUUGCUCUAUAGGCUGGAGUUUUGUACUCGCUGUAACAGGGACGUGCCUAGCCAUGUUUUGUCCAGUUCUGUCACGGUUUACAGACAUGAAAGGGCGGGACAUAAUUCCCUAAUCGGUAUUCUCGGGAGUUAUUAGGAAGGAUUAGGCAUACAACAAAAUACAAACCGAACUAAGUAAUAACUAACCUUGAAAUGGAUGCAAGCUCUUCGAGAAGGUAUAAAUGUGUAUAAAUGUGUAUGAAAGAGAAGUCAUUAUAUAUAAUUCCGUAUAAAUUACUGCUGAUGAGCUUAGUAACUACAGUUAUUUGGCAUAUUUAUGUAUAGUACAAAUGGUUAACCAGAUCUGGAAUGGUAAAACCAUCGCAACCUUUACAAUAGUAUACAUAAUGAUACUUAGCUGCAUAAAACAGGAACACGUAGAAUUAGUAGUGAGUAGCUUGAUAGAAGGAUUAAUGGUAUAAUGAUCUCCAAGGCUUAAUAGGCCGUUAUCGUGUCAAAGC